AUGUCACUCAAUCCUUUGCGCGUCGUCAAGGGGCUUUGGAGCCGACCGCAGCCUAUCCCCAAUCUCACGAGCUCAGCCAACGUACACACCUCCCCAAACGCAUCACAUCCAAGGACGGUGGUGUCGACGACGAACAGAUGCACAAAGAUAUCGCGAAAUCCUUUCUUUAGUAAUGUCGCAUCCACACGAGAUGUUCCCAGUCAUGUGCAUCGCAAAGUCAAGGAUGAUUUGAAGGAGGGCGUAUCUCAGAGACAAGGGCUCCAAAAGAGGGGGGACAUUCAAGCGAUGGAUUCCGACGAAAGCAAUGGAUCUAUCGACGGUGGUUCUGAAACAGGACCACCUACUACUCCGGACGCGCGGCGUAUGCUCAUUCCCAAACACCAACAAUACCGUCAGCUAGAGCCAACAGCUUUACAGUCAACACGCGACUAUGCCUCAGAGAUUAUCAUCGAACAGUCCACAAACACGAUCCUCUACUUGAAGGCUACCUAG